CGAUCGUUUCGGUUUCUCCGCCUGUCGCCGACACUGCUGACCAGGCGUUUGUUGUUUUCUUUUCUUUUCUUUUUUUUUUUUCCCGAACGUCGUCGCCCGGGACAUUUUCAAACGGAUCCACUGCCGCGGUUUCGUCGUACGAAUAUUUCUUACCGGUUGAACGGUGCGGUCAACAACUGUAAUCGGACCAGUAAGUAUACCGUACCCGCGGUUUUCUUUUCGUGCUCUUUUCAUAUAUCGGCACAGCAAUCAAAUUUUACCGAUCGAAUUAAAAAAAAAAAAACAAAUAAUCGAACGCGUCUUUUUGCCCGUGUAAAAGCGGGCAAUUUCGCAUUCUAAUGUAAAUCUACCUUUACGUGUCUUUUGAUUGUUAUUGCGGUUCGUUAAAGUAACGAACACGUUACACCCGCAUCUACUAUUCCAGUUCAACUUGCCUACUACCGGGUAACAUGCGAAAACAAUGCUUAACGCAGAAUAUGCAAAACUAGUUCAAUUUUGAAUUUAGUGUAAAAUUAUGAAAUUUAUAGAGAACAUUAUUUUUGAAGGAGUGUUAGGGUUUUUGCAGUAUUCAAAAUAUACUGCUCUAUGUAAUAGCUACAAAAACCUUAUUAUUUUUUAAAUAACUGUUUUAAUAAUUCAAUAAACACCUGUAACAUUACCUCAAUCUCUACAAUAUUUGUUCUCUAUAAAUUUCUAUUUAAUUUCUAUUUUUUUAUACUAUUCCAGUGCACCAAUAAUAGUGACGUGUUCUUACCUAGUUUGUUGAUAAUUAAAAUAAAUUGCCCAUUGGUAUGAUUUCAUAGAUUUCUAUAAUCUGUGCAAAUUAAUUAACUAAAUAUUAUAUUCCUUAUUCUAAACUUUCACUUGAUCCGUUUUCCUUCCUUGCAUACCACGACUACCCUCAUAUAAUUCUUAAUCGCACACAACCAUCUCUUCUUACGUUUAUUUUCAUUAUAAUUCUUACAUCUUCAAGGUUUUCCUAAACAAUAUCAUAUACCUGCUAGUAGUUAAUCAUUAAUCUAAGGGAACCAGUAAGAGCUUGGGCUCUUAGUAUUAUAUGCACCCUAAGAUUAUUUUAAACAAUAAAAUACAUACAAAUUGUAAUUAACGUGUCAUAUUCAAACUCUAAAGCAUAUUUGGAAGUUUAAUUAUCAAAUUCUUAGUCUAAUGUUUUCCUAAACCCAACUUAACCUUUCAUUAUUGUUCAUACAAAAAAUUAAUAGAUUUUCUAUCUGAUUGCAUUCUACUGUUCAAUAUAUUUUUUGUUGUAUACAUUAUUUAUUAAAACUUAAAAUUUCUCCACGUUUAUUGUAAGAUAACAUUUCGACUACAUUGGUAUGAAAUGUGAAUUAACAUAUUAGGUAGUGAAUAUAGGGUAUGACACAUUAUUAUGGGUAUAUUGUUGGCAAGAUACUUAAAUGCAUACUUGUAAAAUUUUAAUAACUUUGAAAAAAAAAAAAUUAAUUUUGACAUGAAAAAAAGUGAUACAAUUUCCUCCUAAUACAUGACUGAGAAUAAACAAGCCAUAGUUAUUUAUUCAAAAUAAUAAAAUAUUUGUAUUACACAGAAAAAAUUAUUACAUUUUUUAGGUUGCGGGAUUCGGAUACCGAUAUUUUGUAUUACUUAUAUACAGCAUAUUAAUUUAGACCAAUUUUCUUUCAACUAUUCCGAUUCAUAAAGUGAAGCAGUACAAAUUCUAAAAAUUAAUUUGAAUUUUGCCUAAAGUUUAUAUAACAUUGCGCAUUAUUGCUAUUUAAUGUUAGUAUUUUUAAAAUACUUUUGGAAAUUAAGAAUUUGAAAAAGUGGAAAAAAUGUAUACUAAAUCAAUUAAUGUGAUUGAAAGAAAAGCAAUAUGCUGUGUAUGUUUUAGAUAAAGAUAGAAAAUAUCAGUAUCCAAUCCUCUUAAUGCAAUACAUUAUGUAUAUUAUAUUAACAAAUAACUGACAAUUACUCUAAAUAUUAUUUUUUUUCUAAUAAUUGAUUAACAUUAAAACAAAACUGAUGCUAGUUCAUUAUAAAACUAAUAAAUAAAUUAUGUAUUUCUAGUGGAUGAAAUGAAACAAUUCGCCAACGUGAUGAUUCACCAUAAAUGUUUUAAAGAACGUCAAGGAUGUCUCACAGAAUCACUUGAUCACUUUUCAAUUGAAUAUCCAGAAUUAUAUUCUCUGCUGUAUAUGGAAAUUAAAAAAAGAGGAAUGGAAUUUAAUGAUCCAAACAAAAUGUUCAAAUGGCUGACCACGUCGACAUCUAAUAAUAACUAUAAAAAACUUCAUGAAGCAUUGAUCUUUGUGAAAAAAAACAAUAUCAUGGCUCAAGAGCAGUACAUUAUUGAUAUAAAGCAUUUGCUUUGUCAAGCGAUUGAGAAAAAGACUAAUAUAAAUGAAGCAGUUAAAAUAUGCCGUCUAAUAGAGAAGUUGCCAAAUUUGACAUUUAUUAAUGGGUGAGUUGAAUUAUUAUUAUUUAGUUAGUAAUAUUAUCAUAUUUUAAUUUAAUAAUAUUAUAAUAUCAAUUUUAGCCGUUUGAGUAAUCUUAUUCAAGAAGUAACCCGACUGAAUGCAUAUUAUAGACCCAACACCUUAAUGGUCACACAAGAAAAAUAUUUUAUGGCAAAUAAUUUCAAACCGGAACAACAAAAUAUUCAAACUUCUCAACAGCAACAGACACUAGUUUCGCCAUAUUCUUUGGUACAACCAACCUGUACACAAUUCCUUCAUGGUUCAUCACAUUUCAGUUGUAAGACUAAUUAAAUUAAGUGGUCAAGUUUUUAAUACUUAUUAGGUACAUUGUUAAUACUUUUUUUUUAGUAGAUUGUUAUGGACCAUUGGAAACAAAAGCAAACUACUACAAAUAUUCUAGUUUCGAUUUAAACCAAAGACCUCUAACAGAAAAUUUAACAGCCAGUUUUGAAUCUCUUAAUGUUGAUGAUUCUCAACUGAUUCAACAACAACCCAUACCUGUUUUGUCCCCUAUGCUUCAGCCUAAUAAUUUAAUACCUCGUUAUGGUCUUCCACAUUUCAACUGUAAAAUUUAGUCAUUUUUAAAUAUUUUUCAUGUUAUAACUAAUUACUAAUAAUGUUUGAUUUUUCAGUGAAUCAUUUUGGCCUUGGGGAUUUUGAAAUUAAUUCAUUCAAUAAAUGUCCUGCUUUUGAUUUAACACAGUUAUUACCAAAUCAAACAGUUGUGAGUCAAGAAAUGGACGGAGCUGUCAUGAAGUGGCUUUAUUACUUGAGGAUCCAUAAAUACCAAUGGUUUUUCAAUAGUUUAAGUUACCACGAAAUUGAAUUUAUUGAUGAGGACAAUAUUGAAGGAUUCAUUACUAAAGUAAAUAAAAACUCCAUUACAAAAGGUGCACUAUCUAAGAUCUGUCUAUCAUGCAAAGAACUGAGAGAGCGACCAAAAAAAUUAAAUGAUUUAUUAAUGGUAAAUUUACUUAUUAAUUAAUAUAUAAACAUAUAUAGUUAUGAUUUAUGAAACGAGUAUACUUAUAAAUGAUAUUUAAUUUUAGACCUUGGACUCAGAAGUUCCGUUAACAGAGUUAUGCGAAUCCAUCAAAUACUUGCGACAUAUACUGAAUUAUCCUAUUCCUAAUAAGAACUGCGUUAUUGGUGAUAAAUUACAACAGGACAUAGUAUGUGUGAUGGGAAAAUUGUUUUAUCAACUUCAAGCAAAUAUUUGUGUAACUAAUUGCUUGUCGGCCAGUAACCCACUUGGAUAUUGUAUUAACAAAUACUUACUAUGUACUAUGUUAAUAAAUGAAAAUCAAAUAUUCAUGAGAAAUCAGAUUGAAAAAGUAUUAUAUUUUGCUGAAUCGUUAAAGUAUAAAGUCCGUAUCAUGUCUUUAUGUAAAAAAUAA